AUGAGUCGGACCGAGGCCGAUUUGGCCAUUAAUAUUCGCAAGGCCACAAGUAUCGAGGAGACUGCUCCGAAACGGAAACAUGUGCGGAGUUGUAUCGUGUACACAUGGGACCACAAGUCCUCGGCGGCUUUCUGGGCUGGCAUGAAAGUGCAGCCUGUCCUCGCCGACGAGGUCCAGACAUUCAAGGCCCUGAUCACGAUACACAAGGUCCUUCAAGAAGGCCACCCAAUGGUUGUCCGCGAGGCGCAACAGCACUCGAACUGGAUUGAUAGCUUGAUGAGAGGUGUGGGUGGCGACGGUAUUCGAGGAUAUGCGCCGCUCAUCCGGGAAUAUGUAUUCUUCCUCGAGGCUAAGCUGGCCUUCCACCGCAACCACCCCGAAUUCAACGGUCUGUUCGAAUAUGAGGAGUACAUCAGUUUGAAGUCGAUCAACGAUCCCAAUGAAGGAUACGAGACCAUUAGCGAUCUCAUGGCUCUUCAGGAUCAAAUUGAUUCUUUCCAGAAACUCAUCUUCUCGAACUUCCAGUCCGGCACGAACAAUGAAUGUCGGAUCUCGGCAUUGGUUCCCCUUGUGCAGGAGAGCUAUGGUAUCUACAAGUUCAUCACCAGUAUGCUGAGAGCCAUGCACACAACCACCGGAGAUGAUGAAGCCCUCGAGCCACUCCGAGGCCGAUAUGAUGCCCAGCACCACCGCCUCGUUCGGUUCUACUACGAGUGCUCCAACCUCCGUUAUCUGACCGGACUCAUCACCAUCCCCAAACUCCCACAAGACCCGCCCAAUCUGCUCGCAGAGGAUGACGAUCGUCCAGCUCUUCCCAGACGCCCAGCGAGAGAAGUGGAGAAGCAACCCUCUCCACCUCCCAAAGUUGCGGCAGAGCCCGAGCCAAUCAAUGACUUCUGGACCAAUGAAGCCAAGCGUCAGCAAGAAGAGUACGAGGCAGAGCAGCUGCGCUUGCAACAGCAGUGGGAGGACCAGCAGCGCCAGCAGCUUGCGGCGCAACAGCAGGCACAGAAUGACUUCGAGGAACAACAGCGUUUGCAGGCUGAACAGCAGCGGUUGGCGCAAGAGCAACUUCUUCGUGAUCAGUAUUCAACACACACCCAGGGUCGACUGGCAGAACUGGAGCAGGAGAACCUCAAUGCCCGCGCCCAGUAUGAACGGGACCAGCUGAUGCUGCAGCAGUAUGAUCGCCGUGUCAAGGACCUCGAGGAGCAGAUGAACCACCUGAAUUCCAACCUCAACCUGCAAAGUGCCUCAAAAGACGAGCAGAUUCGAUCUCUUCAGGAGCAGGUCAACACCUGGCGCUCCAAGUACGAGGCUUUGGCCAAGCUCUACUCCCAGCUUCGACAGGAGCAUCUCGACCUUCUCCAAACCACAAAGAGCCUCAAGCUCAAGGCUGCAUCUGCACAAGAGGCCAUUGAGCGCCGUGAGAAGUUGGAGCGCGAGCUCAAGACCAAGAACCUGGAGCUGGCUGAUAUGAUUCGGGAGCGUGAUCGUGCUAUGCAUGACCGUGACCGUCUUACCGGUACCAACAAGGACGAGUUGGAGAAGCUCAAGCGUGAAUUGCGCAUGGCUAUCGAUCGCGCUGAAAACGCAGAGCGCUCAAAGGGCACUGAGAUCUCCUCCAUGCUGUCCAAGUACAACCGCGAGAUGGCCGAUCUGGAGGAGACUCUCCGCAUCAAGACUCGGGCUCUGGAUGAACAUUCCAGCCGCAACAACGAUCGCCAGGGAGAUCACGACUUGGCUCUUGCCGAGAAGGAUGAGGAAAUUGAGGUGUACAAGUCUGGAAUGGAGCAGGCUCUCAUGGAGCUCGAGGAGCUGAAAAUGAACCAAGGAGAUGUCGACCAUGCGUUGGACAGCCAGAUCGACACUGUGCUGCACGGCGCAGUGGCGAAGAUCAACGAUAUCAUCGAUUCAGUGUUACAGACAGGUGUGCAGCGCGUCGAUGAUGCUCUGUACGAGUUGGACUCCUCCAUGCAGGCAGGUAACCAGAAUGCCUCGCCACCAUAUGUCCUUUCGCAGAUCGAAAAAGCUUCGGCCUCUGCAACCGAGUUCUCGACGGCUUUCAACAACUUCAUCGCCGAUGGCCCCAACAGCCCCCAUGCCGAGAUCAUUCGCACAGUCUCCAUCUUCUCCGGAUCAGUUUCGGACGUCCUGAGUAACACCAAGGGUCUCAUCCGCUUUGCCAAUGACGACAAGAGCUCUGAUCACCUUGUCAACGCUGCUCGCAAGUCUGCUCAAGCCACCGUACGCUUCUUCCGUGGCUUGCAGUCGUUCCGCCUGGAAGGCCUCGAGCCACUCCAGAAGACCGACGUGGUCAUCAACAACAACCUUGAGGUCCAGCGUGAUCUGCAAUCGCUCUCGAAGCUGGUUGACUCCUUCGCUCCCAAGAACAGCAAGAUUAGCACCAACGGUGACCUGGGUGAUCUUGUUGACCAGGAGCUGCUCAAGGCCGCUGAUGCCAUUGACGCAGCUGCUCAGCGUCUCGCCAAGCUCAAGAACAAGCCUCGCGAUGGCUACUCGACCUAUGAGCUGCGCAUCAACGAUGUUAUCCUUGCCGCUGCUAUUGCUGUCACCAACGCAAUCUCUGAACUGAUUAAGGCUGCCACAGAGACCCAGCAGGAGAUUGUCCGCGAGGGCCGUGGUAGCUCUUCUCGCACUGCCUUCUACAAGAAGAACAACCGCUGGACCGAGGGUCUGAUCUCCGCCGCCAAGGCAGUGGCUUCUUCCACUAACACACUGAUCGAGACUGCCGACGGUGUCAUCUCAGGCCGCAACUCCCCCGAGCAGCUCAUUGUCGCAUCCAACGAUGUUGCAGCCAGCACUGCUCAGCUUGUGGCCGCCAGUCGUGUCAAGGCAACCUUCAUGAGCAAGACCCAGGACCGCUUGGAGACAGCCAGCAAGGCUGUUGGUGCUGCCUGCCGUGCCCUUGUGCGCCAGGUGCAGGACAUCAUCAAAGAAAAGAACCGCGACGGCGACGACGCAGAGGAUUAUGGCAAGUUGAGUGGACACGAGUUCAAGGUCCGCGAGAUGGAGCAACAGGUAUGCAACUCACUCCCCCCCAAGUAUCUCCCAUUCACCCAUACUAAUGUGCAUCCCCAGGUCGAAAUCCUCCAACUCGAAAACGGUCUCGCGCGCGCCCGCCAGCGUCUCGGUGAAAUGCGCAAGAUCUCCUACCAGGAAGAUUAA